GUCUGCAUCAUCCAAAACAGGAGAUAUUGUAGCCACUUGUCAAAAAAACGAUACUCGACUCAAAGUGCCAAAUGAAAAUCUCAAACCGUUAAUGUCUACAAGCAAAAACCCUAGCCGGAUCAAAUCCUCAGACUACCGUGCAUGGGAAAAGUUUAAUAUUGAAGAGGCUUUGGAGAAGGUUGAUCUCCCACAUCCAUUGCCAUCGGCACCCAAGCUUAUUCGUCCAACUGCCAAACUUACACCACCACCUAUCCAGCCAUCACAACCCACUCAGCUUUCACCGAUUCUCGCGCAGGAUGAAGAGGUAAAACAGUAUCAGGCAGUGAUGGAGAAAUACAAGGGCAACGAAUGCUUCAAGACAAAUGAUUUCUCGGAAGCCUUGAAAUUUUACAACAGAAGCCUGGAUCUUCAUCCUACUCCACAGGUGCUAACCAAUCGUGCUGCUACAUAUUUAAAGCUCUGCGAUUAUGAAUCGGCUGAAAUAGACGCGACUCAUGCUAUUGCGCUGGGUACAGGAGAGAUUAAAUCCAAGGCCUACCUUCGUCGUGGACAAGCACGAACCAAACGUGCCAACUAUGUUGCUGCUAUAGAGGAUUUCGAUGCUGGGCUAUUGCUUUGUGAAACCACUUCCUUUGUAUAUUCUCAGCUUGAUAUUGAGCGUUCUAGCUGUGUUGAAAUAUAUCGUGGCUCUUAUGGUGUUGAAGCAAGAUUGAAUGAUGAUGACAAGAUCUCUAAAUGGAAGGAAACAAAGUCUGUACGGAUGAAGAUUGAGGAAGUUGAAGAGGAUGCGCAGAUUUCCCAUACUUUCAGACCAGAUAGCGGCCAGCCUAUUAUGAAUAUUGUUGAUGUGGACGAUUCGAUUGCUGAUAAUGACUAUGAUGAUUUAGUUUUCGAGUAAUACAUUUGAUGUGAGGUUAUAGCUAACAAUGGGAAUAGAGGCGAGCGGAAAUAUAUAUUUUUGGUUAUAUCUCAACAAUCCACUUUUAAACCUGCAAGUUUUUGGUUUGUGAAAUUGCUCAAUUUAUAGCCGUAUUUACAUAAAAUGGAAUUUUUUGUAUCUUGCAGUGAUUGCCUUGGAAUAAACAAUGAUUGAAUAUUCGUUAUU